UUUAGCCUGUACCAAAACAUUUUAUACUAAAUAUGAAUAAUAUGCAAACCUGAGGAUUUUGCUCAUAGAUGGCAUAAAUAUUUGGGUAUCUAUUGGCUUUGCAAUAUUUUCUGGCUCUAAUAUUGAGCCAUUUUUAAAAUCGCCUCAAUUCGAGUGAUUUUACUAUGUACAGAUCCCAAAUGGUAAUAUACUUUUUGAAAACUACCAUGCCUGGUUCAAUUUUAAUUAUCUUAAUUAGACACAUAAUAUUAGGAAAUCAUGAAAAUACUUAAGUGGAGACUGGUAAGCACCAGCUUGGGCCAGAUAGUUAAAUUUUUUUAGGUGGUACAAAAAUAAGAUCUGGUAACAUCUACCAGUAUUUUAUGAAUGUAUAUUGUAAAUAUGUUUUUUUAUGUCAUUAAGAAUGCAAAUAGGAGAUAUAUGGAAAAAUGGAGAAUGUAUAAAAACAGAAAAUAUUUCAAAAUACACAAAAUUUUUAUUUAGAUCAUCAACUGCUAUGGUCAAUAUAUUUGUUCAGAUGAGUCGUGAAAUGUGGGAAUUUGAUUUUGUUGGAAAUCUCUACUUUGAAAGGGCAAUUUAUGAUUUGAUCAUUAAAAUAUUUAAAUUAUGGAAAAGUAAAGACUGUAAUCAUGAUAUAACAAUCAUAUUCUUCUCUCGUACUUAUUACCACGCUCAUUCUCUAAACGAGUUUCCUGCUAAUGAUCGUCCAUUCAUAAAUCAAGAUAUAAAUGGAAAAUUUUAUCAGGAUUUUUAUUGGGUCAUUAUAAAAAAUGAAAAAUGUGAAGAUUACUCACCGAUAAUUCAAAAAAUGUUGGUGGCAUUUCAACUGUAUUCCAAUCUAACUUUAAGGCUUUUUCCUUCAUCUAUAAAUAACGUUUCUUCUUGGAACUCGGAUGCAAUGACUGGAAAUUUUCUUGAAAUGAUUAAUUUGUCUUUAAAUGUAUGCGAAAAACAACAUUUGGAUUGCAAUUUCGAAAGAACAGGUCAAUUGAGUAUAAUAAUAACACCAGGACAUGGUGUUUACGAAGUUGACAGAGAUUUAUCUAUUAUUACAAAAGAAAGAGUUACAGAAAUCGGCUAUCUUCCUUAUAUUGUUUGUUUGGAUGAGCCUCCAUUAUGUAUAGUACCUCUUUUUAAAUUUAAAAAUAAAGAUGGAGAUAAUGCAAAUUACGGCGCAGACUACAUAAUACCUUUUUGGUUAGAUAUUAGCUUUUACUUAGAACAAUUAGAUGCUGAUUCUCUAUCAAUAUUUAUGCCUAGGAGUUUCAACAUAUAUGAUCCUAAUUAUGAAGUCAAAACGAAAGAACCAAAUAUAAAAUCGACGCAUUCCCGUUCUUUACUAGAUAUUGAUAAGAAUAAUUUAACAGAAAAUGAUUUGAAUGGUAUGAGCUAUGAAGAAUACGAUCAGAAAAUUUUUAAGCCAUGCUCUCAUAACAAGACUGAUAAGAAAGACAAUCACCUUUUAUAUUUAUUAUCUAUUAUCGAAACUAACGGUAGCCACAAAUUGAAUGAUGAUGAUUCUUUGUAUAGUUAUACUAAUGAAACUUUUUACGAAAAACAGCUUUAUCAUACACAUACAGCUGCGAUGAAUUAUUCAAAUAAAGAUUCUAGUUUACAUGACGACGCAGACGUUAAUCGCUCUGAUUCUCCAUCUUUAGCUCAAAUUUUGAUCUCCCUCAAUAAACGUAAGAAAUGGCACUCGGAAUGUCGGGACGAAACUUUAGGACAGACUGAGACAGAGCAUAGCGGUUACGAUAAACACUAUUUUGAGCGUUAUCAAAAAUUUGGAAAGAAGAAAAGAGUAGAUUGCAUAACUCGUAGAAAGAUAUCUCAAAAAUCUUGUGUUGACGAAUAUAAUAUCCAUUCAAAUUUAAAUAACAAAUCUUUCAAAAUCAGACAAUUGAUUAACCCAUUCAGACUUAACAAUAUACCAUUAAAAUUGGUGUCUAGUGUUUAUCACAAAUGGAACAACGCUUUUCAUUCAAAUCCGAUUCAUCCGCCCGUCAUUAAUAACAAGAUUAGGGAAGAUUAUGCAACUUUACCCAUUAGGAAGAAUACAAUUGAAAAUGAUAAAGAUAUUGUCGAUAAAGUAACUGACUUAAAUAUAACAAAUACUGGAAAUAUAUUUGACCAAAAUAAAAAAUCUACGUGCAAACAUGUUUCAUCCUUGCUAACAUCGAUCAACAACAUGUCAAGGGUAGUAAUAUUUGGAAACCAAACUAAAACAUCAAAUUUAAAGUCGGGUCAAGAAAUGAAUGAUAAAAGAACUACCAUUAACUUAUCAAUAAAAGAUUCUUCCGAUAUAUUAUUAAACAAUCAACCUGUUAAACCUUUAUCUACGCCAUUUUUAUCUCUACAAGACACUCUCGAGCCAAUCUCCAUUUCGGGUUCAUCAAGCGAUGGGGAUUCCAAAAUUGAUCAUAAUUUUUGCAUUCAGAGUCACAUUGCCAAAGCGACUAAUAAUAAACAUUUGAAGCCUAAAUUUUGGAAGCCGCAUUUAAAAAUAGGUGUUGAUUGGAAGCUCAUUCUUUCUCCAGCCAGCUUACCGCUGACUGUAGAUUUUGUUCCAGAUCCACAGUCCAUGCAUAGGGAUUACAUAGUAACGAAUUAUUUUGUUUUGGCGGAUGAAGGUUUACAACAGCCAGACUCUAUAAAUAUGGACCAAAACAAUGAUAAGAACUUUUAUACCGAUAAUAGAGCAAGCUUUGAUUUAUUAGAGCAAUUAUUAUUUCAGCGAUUGAGAUUUGGUGGACAAAUAGUGACUAAUAUGUCUCAAGAUGCUCAACAUUUUUUUUUCCCCUUGAGCGCUUCUCGGAAUUUUUCUUCCAAUCUAAUAGAUAAACUUGUGUCCCUAAGAAGUACAACUAGCCCAAGAAAGCCGAAUGAAUAUUUAAUCAGCAUUGGCAGAGCUUAUCAUUUGUUGAGCCUUCCGUCAUCACCAUCUAAUACUAUCAAUAUUACCAUUUACAAACCCAGACACAGUCUGACGGGUAGUAGCUUCGAAACAACCCAUAGUCUGCCUUACACCUAUAAUUUGAAAUCUGCAGAGGACGAGUCCUUCCAACGUUGUGCGACUCAUUUCCGUUUCGAACGCGUUCUUGAUUCCUUCUCCUGGAAUUCCUUGGACAUUAGGGUAGCAGGUGCAGUCGGUCUCCCUCCUUCGGUUGCAGCGUUAGAUCGAUUUGGCUCGGCUCUAAAUUCAGCUAGAUUUUUGAUCCUUUCGCCACCCUCCCACCUUAUUGAUUUCGAUUAUAAAAACCGUGAAAGUAUGAACGACAUGAGUGUAGUAAUUAAGAGUCGAACUUCAAACGAAUGUCCUCGUUUUUUAAAAUUGGUGGCAUUGCUCAACGGAGUCAGACAUUCAUUUUACACGAAAAUUUAUUUGGAAGAUAACAUGUACUGCGACAUUGAUGAGAUGGAGGGAGAAAAUAUUGAUAAAAGGGCAGAUAAAAUAUUAAGCGAAUAUUAUCUUGAAAAUGAUGAAAUUAAGAAUGUUGACCAUCCUAAUAGAAUAACAACAGCAUCCCCUUUAGAACAUAUCAUUGAAAAAUUAACAGAUAAUAAAGAACUUAUAAGGGUAACCAAAUUUCAUGCUCAAACAAAUUCACAAAUUUAUUGUUUUAUGUCAUAUGAAAUUGUAUAUUGGAUUUUUCGGAAUGUUGAGGGAGUUAAAGAUUUGCCUGGAGCUUUUUCUCUAUGCGAAAAAUUGAUGGAAAGCUCACUUUUGAAAUCAUAUUCUCCUAAUAAUGAUCGACUUGUUUUUGGCACACACCUAUAUUAUAUACACAUUGACGACAAUAUAAUUAACCCCAUAUCUUCCUCUUUACACAUUAUUAAAUCGCCUAAUCAGUAUUUCUUUGAAAUUGAAUUUCCUAUUUCCUAUUUUGUAAAUCGUUUAAAGGGAUUAAUCGAUGAAUCUUAUGAUUUGAUUAAAAAUGAAGACUAUGGCGAUCAGCUUUAUCGAAAACAUAUAAUAUUUUCAGAAUAUUUUUCCGUUGAUAUUCACACGGCCCAAUCAGAGGGAUCAAUUUCCCAACAGCCAGGCGCUAGUUCGAAUAUAGCCCAUAAACAUGUACAUAAUUAUAUAAAAAACUCUAAAAUUAUCGAUAAUGACCUGAGUUCGAUGAAUUUUCCCACCACCACCAAAUCAUAUUGCGAUAUAACAACCUUAGAAAAGGUGGAUUUGCAUUAUUUUUCUUGUUUUGCGCCCGAUUCAGCAUACGAAAUAGGGCUUGAAUGGCUAUCAGCUACUCCCAAUCGAUUGAUAGAAGAUUUAAUUCGCAAAAAUUGGGCUAGAAAGGCAACAACUCUGGGAUUUCAUUUAAUUCCCGUUCUUAGGGAUCCUUUCUUUUAUGCCAGAAGUCAAUGUGAUCAAGAUCCCUUGAGAUUACCUGUAUUUUUACCCAUAAAUGAAACUUUUGUACGCUUUAAGUACCCAGAGAUAUUUGCCAAUUCAUCUGAACAGGAUUCUCAUCCUUUUCCUUUACUGCAAAAAGAUUUUAUACAAUUUUUGGAUCAAAUAAUUCGAUCAGUUUUUGGCUAUAUUAAACAUGUACCAACGCCCGAUAAUAAAAAAAAAAUUUACAAUCAAAAAUAUGAAUUAACCGAUCAUAAUCACCAAAGUGCAAAAAAUCGAGAUUUAGUUAAUUAUGGUCAUCUAUAUAAGGCCUCUGAAUUUGAAUAUAUUCAUUUUUCUGGUGGAAUGUUUAUUUCUUUAGAGAUUCAAAAAUCUAGUCCGGCAUCUACUGAUUCACGUGUUCAACAAUUAGAUUAUAAUUUACAUUCGAGAAACAAAAUUAUCAAAGAUAACAACUCUAAUUUUAUUUUUGAAAACAAUUUUAACCCGAUUAACUCUGAAAGUUUUUAUAUUCCAGGGUUUCGAUGGUCUUGGAAUUUUUUACUCACAAAAAGAUGGAGGCUUUCAUCCUUUUCAGAAGAAUCCCUUUUAGAAAAUGCGUUUAACGAUUUUAAAAAUUUUCUUAGAGAUGAAAAGUUAUUACUUAACAAAUUUAAUAUUUAUCACAAAUUUCGGAAAAAGUAGCUACUGCAUCAAUUCAUAUUAUU